UCAGCCAGCCAGUUGGGGUACAUCAUCGCCAACAUGACUCCCUAAAUCGUGGAAAAAGACAAUAAAAAUGUGACAACGGAAAAAUAACCAGGGCAUAGUGAGUAACGUUCUACCCACAGACACGUGUGCUGUGCUGUGCAGUGACGAUACUAAGAGGUGGGAGGGAACACAAAUAUUAAUCAAAACAUAAGAACACAACUUGGCAACAUAAAACUUUAAGAAAAAAGCUUGAAGUAGAUAUAAUAGACAAUGGACACCAUACUCUUGCCAGGUUAUGGAAAUAAAGACGGUGCCUAAAUUAUGUGAAAAACAAAAAACUCAGUGUCUGUAAAGAGUGCAGGUGUGCCAUAUCGCAAUGACUCGUGCAGAGAUGCGUAGUGUGAGAGGCGGUAACCUUCCGGUGGUGAUGGUGAGGGUGAUCAGAAUCCUACUGCUGUUGGUCACGUGCUCCGCCCUCCCUACAGACGCCAAUGGCUCGUGCUCAAUGAUCAACUGUCAGAAAGACUGCAGAGUUAGCAGCCCAAGCUUCCAGCCCCAGAGAUGUGAUGACUGUUGCACGCCAAUCUCAGACAUCAGCAAUCAACAAGAGGAUUCCUGGAACGAUAGACUGGCUGUGCUAGAGGAAGCAGUUAAGGAGCUGCGGGUGAUGACUGGCAUACUGCUGGGGAUUGUGCUGCUUCUGCUGGUGGCACUAGUGGUGAUCAUCUUCCACAUCUUCAAGUUCUUUCCUAAGCUUAGUCUGCCCAUCUUCUUCAGCAAUAACAAAAAGGGCAACAUCCAGGAGACAGCACCACACAAACCUUGCAAUGGAGUUGACUCCAACUCGACUGUGGUUAGGAUUGCCAAUUAUCAGAAUAAGCACAGCCCAAUAUCUAAGCGGGUGUCAGUGAGCCAGUCAGUGAAAGGCCCCACUGAGGACACUGUGGGGUCACAUGAGUUUCAGCCUCCAUCCUACCGCAUUCGCCAUCCAUCAGAGUCCACUUGCCCUGAUGAAAGCAAUGAUAUGCCCCCACAUGUCUAUGAUAAUCUUGCCCUCUCUACCUCCACCCUCCACAACACUUCCAACUCCUCUACAGACACUCUGGGAGCUGCAGUUUCCACCAAUACACUGGAGACCACACUGCCUUCAGGGAACCAUCUUCAUUCCACAACAGCUGGGGAGAUGACCCAGGUGUGAGGGUAGCAAAGGUAUCUCUCCUCAGAACUAUAAGACGUUUUUUGUGACCCUCAGCACCCCUUACAAAAAGUGUAAGUUUUCACUUAAAACAAUGUUUAUUUAGAUCAACAGAUAAUCGUGUGGGCUCACAUAACUGGGAAGAUAAAAAAAAUAAACUGUAAUACUUAAUUGAGGCAGCUGUAAAAUGCGUUAGAGAGGCUUCAUGUACAUUAAGGACCUGCUAAAUGACUCAUGCAUUUCUGAAAGUGCUUGUUUGGUGAAUUUGUGUUCAAUAAGACCCAUAUUUCCACAGGUCCCAUGUUAAAAACCGUGAUAUGUUCCAAACCAAAACUUUUUGACCCUAAACCCCAUGGUAUGAACUUUGAUGUGCUCCAGCCCAAAAAAUUUUGAACCUGAAACUGAACUUAACAAAGAUUAAACAGGAGUACUUACUAGAACUGAAGAUGAAUGCUGCUUUUGUUGACCAAGCAUUGUUGGUUGAAGGAAAUUAGUAGGGGACAGAGGCUACUUCCUGUCUCUCCAUCUUAGGAAUCAACUACUGGGUAGUUGUUGAUUGUGCAAUGUCGACAAUACUAACCCCAAAGCUCUCCAGAUAUCACAUACUUUUUUCAUCAGUCCAGUCACCAUAGUACAUCCAGUUUUGUCUCCAUGGUGAUGGUCUUCCUCUUCAUCCUGUGAGUGGCACUGCUUGUAGUGCUAGCUGUCUUCUUUGGACUUAUCACUGUUGGGUUUGAUGGUAAAAAUAACAAGAAAUGAGCUAACAAAGGCAGUGCAUGUUCCAUGAGACAAAGAACAAGAUGAUAAGUAGAUGCUGCCGAGUUGUCUAGGCUCACUGGAUAGCCAGCCACUGACUUCACCUCAGAGUAUAGAAAACUCUUCUAUGAGUGCACUUGCUUGGCUGGCUGCUCAGCCAAUGACAAAGCAUGACUAGCCAGACUGUAUGUAUGUACAAGCUUGCACAUUGAAUUUUCAUACCCUAAAACAGUACGUUCAUUAAACUGAAUUCUCAAUCAGCUGUACCUUACUGUAACUUGAACUUACAAUCUAAUGAAUACCCUCAUAUGUCAGAGCCAACACACUUGAAAACAAAAACUUAAAUGGCUUCUCAAGAGAUUGUGCAACAUUCUAAGUUUCAUAAUUAUGGUUCAAAGUUUUGUGAUAAACAUAUGAACAGUAUACAAGAACAGUACAGUAUUACAAUAAUGUCAAUCCAAACAUAAACUACAAAUUUCUUUCAGUCCAUAAAGGAUACCACCAGACCUGACUGGUACCAUUCCUACUGUUUACAACAUGAGUUACAGUAAAUUUCAUAUGCUGAAUCUUCUUAAUUUGUUUAAGACUCAUAUUUAAAGUUAAUUACAUCUAAUGAAACCUUUAGAUUGCAAGGAACUUUGUACAUAGGAGAUUGAUAGAUUUUUAAACCAUGUUUUAAUCCAUUCACUACGGGAACGCCACUUUAAAUAUUUUACUGUAUUUGGCUAACGCCAGAUGAUUUUAUUCAGUUCAGAGGGGAGCCCAUACACAAGGGUUUAAUAUGUAAAUAAUUAUCCCUGCUCAACUAUUAUUUGAAAUGUAAAAUUUUAUUGUCAUGCAGGUGUAAUUAUUUAGUUCAUGAUAGGUAUACACAUAGUUCUACACCACAAUACCUGUACGUAUAUUAAACUUAACAGUGAAGUAAUUCAGAUACUGUAAUUUUUUUCUCAUGAUUAUUUGGGGGAAUAAUUUUCUAAUUACUGUACUGAUCAAGUAAUUUUAGUUGGAAGGUAUUCCAACCAGACUUGUGUGGUGUGUGUGUGUAUGUCAGUCCUGCAACAGACAUUUCUAUGUGUAAUGUAUAAAAAAAAAGCUUACAUGUCCUACCUUAUUACUUAAGAAAACAUAUCAGUCAUACUAACAAAGGGGGAUGUAUACUGUAUGUACACUUAACAGUUCAUUAAGACAUUUCUGCUCGAUCUUGUUGCAGUACUGUAUUAAGGAAAUCUAAAAAAUUAUUUUUUUAUUGGCAAAGUUAACAAUAAAUAGUUUUUACUAAAUAUGUAUAUACCAGUAUAGUCAAGUUAUUGGGAUGCAAGAAUUUUAAAGACAGCAAAUGUACAUAUAAUUUGUGUCCUGUAUCUUUUAUUUGUAUAAAAAUGUUAUGUGAUUCUCAAAAUUAAUGUUCCAUUAUAAAGAUGUAAAGCAUGCACUGGUAGUAUGCUGCCCUAUACAGUACGUACAAGAAAUUUCCUUUGUCCUUUCCUGGUGUGUUCAGAAAGAAAGUACCAUAUUAAAAUGAUGUUUUUGCUCA